AUGUGCAAUGCAACGCGCCAAACUCAAGAUCUCAAUGAACCGAUUGAGGAUUGGGAGAAGGUUAAUUGGCGUGCGCGCGGCGAAAGCGGAAGAAAAGUUCUCGACGCCGCAAACCCCGAUGGCGAGACUCACCGAGGAUCUGACAUCAUCAGCACUCCGUGUCGAUACAUGGGAGAGAUGGACUAG